CGUGUCACCAACUAUCUUGACUAUUAACUACUACAGGGUGACGGCAAGGUUUCAUUACAGCAUCGGUUUAGUGCUUGCACUCCGAGCACUUACAUUGGCCGGUAGCGCAGGAACAGGAGCUGCAGCUGCACGAAGCGGUGCUGCAAGUCUGGGAGACGGGGACCUCGGUGGUAGCCAACAUGAUGUCUAAGAACGGCGGUUAGGCUGUUUGGAGCUUUGAGGUUUGAGAUUUGGUGGGUUGCUGAGGGCUUUCCUGAUCAUCCAAAAAAUUGCUCUUUGGAUUUACUGGAUCCAAGAGUUAGCGCAGGCUGUUGUUCUACGCCACGCGCCGAGCGCUCACUACGGAUCUUCC